AUGGCCUCCGUGUUCUCGCUCGAGGGCUCUACUGCUCUCAUCACCGGUGCUACGAGGGGCAUUGGACAAGCUGUUGCCAUUGGGCUCGCCGAAGCCGGCGCAGACAUUAUCCUGAUCCAGAGAGACACGACGUCGACGGCGACAAAGGAGGCCGUCGAAAAGAUUGGCCGCAAGGCAUGGGUCUUCACGGCUGAUCUCGCCGUCCAAGAGCAAGUCGCCAACAUAGCCAAGGAUGUCAAGGCCGCAGGCCACAAGGUGGACAUUCUGGUCAACUGUGCCGGAAUUCAGAGGAGGCAUCCUUGCGAGGAGUUUCCCGACAACGACUGGAACGAUGUUCUCCAAGUCAACCUCAACACCGUCUUCACCCUCUGCCGCGACUUUGGCCGCGAGAUGCUCUCGCUACCCCCCUCUCCCGCCACCGGUCGCCGCGGCAGCAUCAUCAACUUCGCCUCUCUGCUGACCUUCCAGGGCGGCUUCACCGUUCCGGCCUACGCAGCCUCCAAGGGCGCCGUUGGCCAGAUCACAAAGUCGUUUGCUAACGAGUGGACGGCCAAGGGCAUCACUGUCAACGCCAUUGCGCCAGGUUACAUCGAGACGGACAUGAACACGGCGCUGCUCAAUAACCCGGAGAGGCUGGCGAGCAUUAGCGCCAGGAUCCCCGCGGGCAGAUGGGGAUCGCCUGAGGACUUCAAGGGAACGGCCGUGUACCUCGCGAGCAAGGCGAGUGCGUAUGUGAGCGGGCAUAUCUUGGUUGUAGACGGAGGAUGGAUGGGACGGUAG